AUGGCUUACUUGAAGUUUGAACAGUCAUCUGGAGAUCCUGCUCGUGUUAAAAUCCUGUAUGAACGCGCGAUAAGUGAAUUUCCGGUAUCUGGUGAUCUAUGGAUUGAUUACACCGACUACCUCAACAAAACACUAAAGGCAGACAAAAUGUUGAGAGAGAUAUUUAGCCGGGCCACCAGGAACUGUCCCUGGGUUGGAGAACUAUGGGUUCGUUUCUGUUACAUUUUCAUGCUAUAUCUUGAACGCAAUCGUGGUUUUGAGAAAGAACUUUCUGAUGUGUUUGAAAGAUCUUUGCAAUGCACAUUUUUCACUAUCGAUGAGUAUGCAGACAUAUUUUUGACGAGAAUGGAUGGCCUGAGGAGGAGAAUCUUGGCUGCGAAAGAACCGGAUGAUGAUAGCUUAAUAAACAUAUCUUUGAUACGGGAUACUUUUCAGAGGGCAUGUGAUUAUUUGUCACCACAGCUGAAGAACACAUAUAGUUUGCUGCAAAUACCUAGCUAUUGGGCUCGUCUGGAGUCUACAAUCGAGAAGGACACAACCGCAGCUCGUGAAGUAUGGGAGAGCUUGCUUAAAAACAGUAGGUCUAUGUUAGAAGCCUGGAAAGGAUAUAUUAACAUGAAAAUUCAGAUGGGGAACAUAAGUGGAGCUAGAUCUAUAUACAAGAGAUGCUAUACCAAAAGAUUUUCUGGGACAGGCUCCGAGGACAUAUGUAACUCAUGGAUACGGUUUGAGAGGGAAUUUGGUACGCUAGAUGAUUUUGAGCAUGCUUCACAGAAGGUAAGGCCUCGGCUGCAGGAGCUACGGUUUUUUAGGCUACAGGAAGAAAGCAAAUUUAUUGCCUCAUCAACUACGGAUGAUCCUACUUAUAAGGAGAAUAAAGGUGAAAAGAGAAAGUCUGUUUCAGAUGUAUGUAAUGAAGAGUCACCAGCAAAGCGGCAAAAAGAUGAUUCGAGGCAUCAAAAGAAGAAAGCUCAUUCUAAUAAGAAUUCGGCUAAAGCACAUAAAGUGACAAACACUGUCACCCCGAACGAGAUGCCUCAUGGUGAAGAUGACGACAUAAAACCUAAAGAACCCACAACGGAGAAAUCCAAGCAAUACAAUGACGAAUGCACUGCCUUUGUAUCAAAUAUUAAUUUAAAGGCUACUAAUGAGGACUUAAAAAGUUUCUUCAAUGAUGUUGGUGGCGUUGUAGCCAUCCGAAUAUUGUUUGACAAGUUCACAAAAAAAUCAAGGGGAUUAGCAUAUGUAGACUUCUCUGAUGAUAUACACCUUGAGGCGGCUGUGGCUAAGAAUAAGCAAAUGCUUCUUGGAAAGAAGUUGAGCAUUUUACGUUCUGAUCCUAAAGGCAAAAGAAAAGGAUCUGUGGGACCCAAAAGUCCAACAGAACAUGGUCAGGGGAAAAAUGGAGAAGAUUAUAGACAUGGAAAAGUUGAGCUCAAGGGGAGAAACACUUUUGCUGUUCCAAGAACAGUUAGAGCCCUAGGUUGGUCUAGCACUAAGAAUCCGGCAUCAUCAUCAGCAGCUACAAAAGGUGAAGAAGGGAGGCCUAAAACAAACAAGGAGCUGCGAAACAUUUUGUUGAAGACAACGUGAAGUUUCUAUGCCAUAUUUAA